AUGGCAAGAAUUGCAGAGGGCCUGCCUAGGGCUGGCUCGACGACUACUAUCACGACAGAGAGGAAGAAGAAGCCCAUUGAAACGGAAGCGCUAAUGACAGAGGUCCAGAUGUUGGCUGGUGCUGAUGUCUGGGGUCGUGCAGCAUUCGGGAGGUCGUGGCUGCGAUCGCUCGUUGGUGCAUCGCCUUUGUUCCUCGCGCCAAUGGCUUCGAUAUCAAUCUUCAUCACGCUGGCCGAAUACGAAGGAUCCCUCUCCCUCUUCGCAGACGCCGUAAAAGAACACGGCUUCUGGACCAUUUGCGCCCAGUACGGUCCUCACAUCACCACCAAAGGCAUCGCCGCAGUGAUCUGCUUCGUCGGAAUCCAGGCUCUUCUGUACUGCCUCCUCCCCGGCGAGCAACACCAAGGCCAAUUGACUCCAGCGGGCUAUCUCCUCAGCUACAAAAUCAACGGCCUCUCAGCCUGGAUCGCCACGCAUCUCCUUUACGCAGCUCUCAGCUGGUUGGAGAUUCUGGACCCUGGCUUCAUUCCCCGCAAUUGGAGUAGCUUGAUUGGAGCUAUGAACUUAGCUGGGUUCGUUAUUUCGGCACUUGCGCUCGUCAAAGCGUACGUAAUGCCGACGCACCCUGAAGAUAGGAAGUUCAGCGGGUCGUUCCUAUACGAUUUCUUCAUGGGGGUUGAGUUGAACCCGAGGUUGGGGGAGAACUUUGACCUUAAGCUUUUCAGCAAUGGCAGGGCUGGGAUGAUGGUGUGGACCCUGAUCGACUUUUCCAACAUGGCGUAUCAGUACCAGAAUCAGGGAUAUGUCGAACCAUCGCUUAUCCUUGUCACCGCACUACAGACCAUUUACGUGGUAGAUUUCUUCGUCAAUGAAUCAUGGUAUCUGCGCACAAUCGACGUCAAAUUCGACCAUUACGGCUUCUAUCUCAGCUGGGGCUGCUUCUGCUUCUUACCAACAACAUACACCAUCCAAGGCCAAUAUUUGGGCCGUUACCCAUCAUCACCUUCAACACCUUACCUAGCAUUCUUCUUCGCCCUCGGAGUAGCAGGCUACAUCAUCUUCCGCUCCGUCAACCACCAGAAAGAAAUCGCGGAAAAUGCACUAUCUGGGGUAAACCGGCAGAAUGCAUAG